CUGGGUACUAUAUCUGGGUAUACGCGAAUUGCAUUCUGGGUACUGUCGCUUAAAAAUGGCGGACGACGUAGAACAGCAACCGACCACGAACACGGUGGAGGAACCUCUGGAUCUCAUUCGGUUGAGUUUGGAUGAGCGAAUUUAUGUGAAGAUGCGGAACGACCGGGAGCUUCGUGGAAGACUUCAUGCUUAUGACCAGCAUUUGAACAUGAUCCUUGGGGAUGUGGAGGAGACGGUGACGACAGUGGAGAUCGACGAGGAGACAUAUGAAGAAAUUUACAAGUCGACGAAGAGGAACAUUCCCAUGCUGUUUGUCCGUGGAGAUGGAGUCGUGCUAGUCGCUCCGCCGCUGAGAGUCGGCUAAGCUCUGAAUUAAAGACACAUUUUGGACUGUACAUUAUGAACGUUAGCUGGUUUUUGUUUAACCACAGAUUUGUAAAGUUUUUGUAUCUUUUAAGUUCGAAAAAAUGUCAAGUUAAUAUCUGCAUUGCAGAUAUUGCGUUGUUAGGUUGUGUGUUUCAGUUAGCCACUUGAAGCUAGUAUGGAUCUUCCUCCAUAUGUGCUUUGUAUUCAAAAUAAAACAUUGACUUUCAAUAA